CCGCAUCAGGCGAUGAGAGAUAGAAGCUAAAGCGCUGUGUGGUGCGUUAAAGCGGUAAUGAACUGCCCCGAGCGGUGCAGCGCCACCCCUCAGCACCAGGCCCCUGCAGGCUACUCGGUCGGUGCAUACAGUGACAGCCAAUAGUUCUUUUUUUUUCUUAAGUAUGCAGUCCCGUUGUUCCAAUCGUGGGCCGGACCACUGCUAGUACACACCGUGAGCAGGACAGGGGGAAUCCAAACCCACCUGUCGAACUCGUAAACGUACGUACGGGUACGAGCGCACGCGGGCUUAGGCGUGUUGGCACAGGAGAUUUGGGCAACUCUUCAUAAGAACCACCGCUGAUCCGCUCAACCAAUUUGCCAUUACACCAGGGGGACUCUGGAGUGAGCGGUCGAGUUUCGUCGAUCCGAACCCAGCCCUCUCCGCCCCAGCACUGCGCCGGCAAGUCAUGUCAUUGAGCCCCAAGACGCAUUCGACUCCAUUCUCGGUCACAGACAUCCUGAGUCCACUCGAGGAAUUUGGCUACAGGAAAUCCAUGCUGGACCCCAGUGGGAACUUCAUGACCACCAUGCAGCCGACCUACCGCAGCCCCCAGCACUCCAACAACAUGCAGUCUUCGAUGAACGUCCCCGUCAGUAACCCCUACCACAUGCACGUCCCCCAGCUCUCCCACCCACCUCUCGGGACGACCUACUGCAACGGCUCCGUCGGAGAGCUGUCCCAUUACAACGACCACGUCCGGCAGUCGGCUUCCAGCUGGUAUGGCGCAAACCCAGAUCCAAGAUUUUCAAUUUCGCGUCUGAUGAAUCCCAAUUCUCCGAUGAACAUGAACAUGAAUAUGAACAUGAAUAUGAACAUGAAUAUGAACAUGAGUAUGCCGGGCCUUGGAGGGGACUUGUCCAAGCCCAUGUUGCCUUCGGCUCAGCGUCGUAAGCGGCGGGUGUUGUUCUCCCAGGCCCAGGUCUACGAGCUGGAGCGGCGGUUCAAGCAGCAGAAGUACCUGUCAGCCCCGGAGAGGGAGCAUCUGGCCAGUCUCAUCAACCUGACCCCGACCCAGGUCAAGAUUUGGUUCCAGAACCACCGGUACAAGAUGAAACGGCAGACAAAGGAGAAGAACAUGGCCGAAAACAACAACGUAUGCCACCAGUCUCCGCGGCGCGUGGCUGUUCCUGUGCUGGUGAAAGACGGUAAGCCGUGCAACGGUUCGUCCAACGGCAGCUCCAGCGGUGGCUCGGCCCACGACAGUGCGUCCCCGCAGCUAGGUGACGAUGCCCACAGCACGGGCAGCGACCAUGCCAACUCCAUGCCUAGCGCCCACCAGGCACCGGCCCACCAUGUCCCCACUACCGUGCAGCAAGCCCACCUGGCCCCACCAGCUCACAAGGCGGCCCCGGUGAACUCCUCUUCGUCGUCUUGCAGUGGGCACGGUGUGGGCGCCAACACGGGGCCCGGCGUGACUUCUUCCCAUUCGCCUCAUCAUCAGUCAGGGGCAGUCAACCCGUACCACGCCAUGAAUGGCACUAACAUGUCCUCCGCUGCACCAUUUCUCCUGCACGGUAGAACAUGGUGACAAUCAUCCCGGGCGACAGGCAGAAACGACUCCUACCUGCCCUUGAAUCCCGCAAGAGUAAUAGGUUGACAGCGAAUGCAGCCUUAACUUUUGUGGUCAAAUUUGAAAAAUCCACUACAACGAGCAGAACGUUGAUUGUGAUACCACGCAUUGAGACAUCUCAAGAUGCACACAAUUACUGACAAGCCAAAACUUUUUAUUGCAUAGGCCAAAUUGAUGAGACUUUAACAGACUCUGACUGAAGGAGGGGAAAUCAAAAAAAGUAUGGCCUAAGCGAAUUAAAGACAUCACGUGGCGCUUAAUUUAAGCUCAACCGAGGUGAGUCUUCGUUUAUCUCUCUGCGAGACAGUCUGCUUACUUUGGCUUGGCAUUCUCCGUUGUCAACCCACACACUCAAUUUUGCUGUACCUUUUACAUACUUUUGUUCGAAACUCUGUUUUCAAUUUGUUUACUACUAGAUCAAACUGUGGGUGGUUGUUGUACAAAAAGGUUUAAAAAUUAUUGUCUUAGAUUCAACAGCAUAUGUCUAGAAAAUUAUGUUAAAAAAUUAUGACUUGUUUCGAGCGGGGACGUAGUACUUUUCUGAACGAACUGUAGAAGAGUUAAGUCGGUAUCAUAUCAGAGCUUUCUGAAGUAAGCCUUUUCGCAUUUUAUAUCUGUCUGCUUGGAAACAAUUUCUGUCAUUGUCGCCACACGACUCAAACAAAUUUUGUUGAAAAUAUGUAAUGGUCUCAAGUUGUCACUCAUUGUGAUCACAGAUUGUUCAAACCACCUUGAAUGUCGUAAGAAGUUGUUUAUUAUGACAGCUUUUUUUCUGAUCAAGACCUUUGUAAAGUGUUCAAGCAGCCGCAUUACUUUGACUCUCAGAAAAAAAGAUAUCUGUUUAUGGGUUGCUCUGGCCUCUGUAGCUCCUUUUUUUAAAUUUCAGCAGGCAAAUUGAUGAUGUGAUACACGAAGCAUAUUUACCAAGUGCAUAAGCAUUAUUGGUCAUAGAUGACAUCAAAGUUUCAUUUGUGUAACAGAUACUUUGAGCAGACUUGCUUCACACUGGUGUGUUUGCAGUGGUUUGUUACAACUCAGGAAACAAAAUGAAAGGGGGGGGUUAGCCGCAGAUUAACAUUUUUUAAUGUAAGAAUCAGUAUGGCCAACAUUACCGUUUGGAAUUCUCCACUGUCACUGUAGUCUGACAAGUUGAUGCACAAGUUAUAGAGAAUAACAUUUAACAGCUUUUAUGGUUGAACACCCAUCUUUAUAUUAUUGGAAGAUGCGGCUUUCAAAUUUCACAUCUCACCAACGCAUGUAAUCCUUGCAAAACUGGAGUUUACAAAAUCAGAGUGACUUUUGGCCUCAAGAUGCGACUUCUCUGUGUGUGAACUACUGACACUUUUCAUAUAAUUAAGAAGCGCAUAUUUACCAGUGUUAGGUUUAAGCAGUUUAUUUUAUCACUGCGGUGCAUUUCAAGUUAGCCUACCACGGACUUUGCAUUACAACUAUCCCGUACAUGCGUACCCAUGAUCGUAAUGAAAGCUUGACUCCCAGAAAGUCAAAGUAGUGCAACGCAGCAAUCUCGUUCAACGGUUAAACGAGUUAUUUUCUAGGUUCACAAAUCGCGUUUUCCCAACCACUCGUCCCUUGAUUGUUCACGGAGUUUGUUUAAUACAGGCCGUCACUGGCCCAUAUGGCAGCUCCAAUCGCUUGGUAUUUGUGUACGUACACGUGUAGCCGCUACAAGGCAACCAAGAUAUGUCUGAGGUCAAGAUGACUUGCACUAGUAGCCUCAGUCUUCCCCAUAUGACAUGGGCGCAUGAAUUGGCCUUCCCUGGUCCCACAAAAGACACGGUAAAUUUACCUACACCAGGACAAAUUUGUACACUGUUCGUUAUCGGCCGUUGUGCCAGUACUAGCCGGGUCAGUUGCUAGACACGUCUGAAAGAAUGUUGUUUUUUUUAAUCCUCAUAUAUACACAUCCUUUGUCCUGAAUAUGCGCUAUUAUUGCUAUCUGAUGUUCGAGAAACACGGAAAGAAUUUAGACAAGACCAAUACUUAAAAUGUUACCAGAAUGCUGAAAGCUUCAUUUUGUCCGACGAAGUUGUGCACCUUUAUAAACAUUUGUGAAAUGGCAAGUUUGCUUAAAGAAACUAUUUCAGUGUUAUUACAUUCAUCAUAAUUAUGACAAUCACAGAGAUUUAAAACAACCACAUGUCUACCCUAUCACGACAUUUAUUUGGGGGAGUGUAACAAGGGUUCGUUGGCGUUUGAGACUCACAGCUUAGCUCUUCCAAACACACACAUAUUUACACCAAGGAGUCUGACAAAACAUUUGGUGUGAGUCGGAGUAAAGUUGAUCACAAUGCCGAAAUGAUUGUGCUUCUACUGUUAGUUGGGUAGAUGUUCCGAUUUUCUAUGAGCCCAGUGGUUUGCUAUUGUGUAGUAAAACAGUGGGCGUUGCUUUCAUGUCGUGUGUCUGUUGAGGCUCACGACUUUAUUUUGUUUUGUACACCCCACGUCUCAGAAAUAACGAAAACAAAAUCGCUGAGAUUGCUUAUUUACACGUGACCGCACUUGCUUGCAUGAGGAACUUUAUUGCCUACCCCGUAUCUUGUCUGUUGCUCUAGGCCGUUUGAAGUGUGCAGGAAAAUAUACUGGAAGAUAGAAUUCGUAAAGAUGAUUAACUUCGAUGCAAGGGAAACUGAAUAAUAUCAAUUCAAAAUAAAGAAUUGUAUCUUCUUUAAUGGACUUAUUUAUUUACUUUACACACCUGAAAUACAAUAUUUAACUAUAGAGUGUACUAUUGAAAAUAUUACCCCACUCCAUUUUGUAAAAGAUCUGUACCCAAUGUUCCAAUGUUUUGUUUUGUGAUUUUUCUAAACUUCAACAAAAUACUGUUUGUACUAACAACACUUCAUCUAUAAAGAAUGUAAGAAUAGUGAGUAAAUAAAGAUAAUGCUGUUCAAGAAAUUGUACAGAAAUAAA